GUAUGUAGUCAGUUUAUACAUUCUUAGCGCGAACCGUCUUCUCACGGCCCUGCUGCUGCUUCGAGCGAGCCUAGCAUAUAGUAGGCAGUUUCUCGUUCGACUCGGAUCGCGCGUCGAAAGUUUGACGAACUUUGGCUCGAGUGCGAAGCUGUCUGGUGUGUUGCCACAGCGCGAACAAUAACAAUAUAUCGCGCCCAUCGCGCGAGAGACGAUUCUCGUGCGACUGUGAUUUCGUUAAGGCGAGUCGCGCGACGAGCACCGACCGAAAGCUUCGGAGCUGAUCGAAGUGAUCGUGCAUGCCCAGUUGGCGCACAAUCAGGACAUACGCAGGAGUGUGUGUAUAUAGGCGGAGUGCGAGCCGAUCAGUGCAAAAUGAACACAAAUCGCGACGAGGAUUGCCAGCUGCGCGAGGCAUAGAUAAAAACGGCGCGACUCGUUUCUACUCCGUGCGUGCAGCGAUAAUCUCCGCUUUUGGUCGUGUGUAUAUGCUUGCCAGCCUUGUGCAAUUCUGACCAAGAGGCUCGAACGCAUUAGAAAACUCCGAUACACCAAGCUUUCAAGAUCACAGGUGUUGAUACUAGUUAUAACCGGAACAAUUACCAAAAACAUGAGUGAACGUCGGGGAACUAAGGCACUAGAACUUUGGUGCAGAAGAAUUACUGAAGGUUACCCAGGUGUCAGUGUUCAAAACAUGACAACCUCCUGGAGAGAUGGACUUGCUUUCUGUGCCAUAAUACAUCAUUUUCGACCUGAUCUCAUUGAUUUUAGUAGCCUAGAAAAAGAAAACAUUUACGCCAACAAUGAAUUGGCGUUCAGAACAGCUGAACAACACUUAGGUAUCCCAGCCUUGCUCGAUGCGGAAGAUAUGGCUUCAUGCUCAGUUCCUGAUCGACUAUCUAUUCUUACUUAUCUAUCCCAGUUUUAUCAAGUCUUCGGAGGAUCAUCGCCGAAAGGUUCAUUAAAUAGAUUGUCGAGUCAAAAUUCUGAAGAAAUAAUUGGACCAGUAACUGAGGACCCACAAACUAAGGUGAGCUCGCGUCUAGGCCUCAAGGGAGAGUCGUGCACAAGCUGCGGCCUACCGGUUUUUCUCGCUGAGAAACUCGUGAUAAAUCGGCAGAGCUAUCACCGCAGCUGCUUCCGCUGUGCACGCUGCUGUAGCCAACUAACUCCGGGCAAUUACUACACUACUAAAAAAGGACUAUACUGCUGCGAAAUUUGCCCAAUGGAUAUUCUUGAGGAUGUACGCGAGCUUUCAGAUGAAACCCCAUCGCAGCUAUUAAUCACCUCGCUCGAACUGCACCAACAGCAGCAGCACCAAUCGCUAAAACAAGAUCAACAAGAUGUGCUAAAAGCACCUGUUAGCGACGAGGAAAAAAGUCGCUGUUUCCAACAUGGAAACCCUAGUUACAAUCAAAACGAGCUUAACUUCACCGAAGUUAAAGCUGUUGAAAUUAUUAACGAAACCCCGUUAAAUAACCGUCCAGUACUGCGACGCGAGACUCGCUCUCAUAGCGCGUCCGAAAUCGAUAAAGCUUCUUGCUAUGCCAUAACUGAUUUGCAAAAAAGCAUCAGCCUUCGAGCAAGUUUAAAUUAUAUGCAAUCAACAAAAUCAUGCCAUCAAAAGUCUGUCUUGCAAUGUGAUAUUGAAGAGAUAAAGAAACGACAGAUAGGUGAUGAUCAGCACCAAGAGCAAUCUAGUGAACCUCGUCAAAAUUCAGACGAUGAAUCGCAUCAGCAAUUAGUUGAUAAACAGAACGAGCAACCAGCGGAUAAGCCGUGCGCACAGCUAGAUGAUGAGCAAGUUAUUCCAUCAGUUGAUGGAGAGCUCUGUGAGCUAGGCGAUAAAAAUCUUCAAGAGACAAAUGAUGCACAACUUGAGGAAAGUAAUGAUGCACAAUUUGAAGAAAACAAUGAUGUGCAACUUGAAAAAAGUAAUGAUGCUCAACUUGAAGAAAACAAUGAUGUGCAACUUGAAAAAAGUAAUGAUGCACAACUUGAAAAUAAUAAUGAUGCACAAUUGGAAGAGAGCAAUGAAGCACAAAUCAAAGAGAAUAAUGAAGCACAACUCGAAAAUAAUAAUGAUGCUCAACUUCAAGAGAUAAAUGUUAAUCAGUUACAAAUAUCAAAUAACGAGCAAAAACAACAGCUACAUGAUACAUCAAGUUUGGAACCUGAAUAUCCUGACCAUCUAAACCCCUUUGCUGACGGUUCAGGAAAUCCUUUUGAUGAAGAUGAUGAUAACAACGAUGACAGUAUUCAAAAUAAUGAAGAGCAACAAAGGUUGCGGCCUCCACCUCGUAAUAGACGGCGACAACUUGAGAUACCGAGUAUCACCUGCAAUCCUUUCGGCAGCGACGAAGAAGACGAUCAAGUGUCAACUACAGGAGAAACAUUGUUACGCCAGUCGGGAAAUUUAGGCAGUGCCUAUUCGUCCUCCACAUCGCUCGUCAGUUGUUCACCCAGCUACACGCAUAGAAAAAAGAAACCAGCUCCACCUCCACCUACUCUAACUUCGCCUUUGCGCCAACCCAGCCCGAGUCCGAGUACAACACCGCGCUCCAGAAAAAGUAAACCGGCACCGGCACCGCCACCACCCAAUGAUGAGGGGGGAAAACUAAACAAAGACCAAACAAAUCGUUCAACCCAAAGUCGAGAAUCAUCAUCCAUAAAUCUUUCGGCAUCGUGUACUGAUAAAUCAAAGCAUAAAAAAGGUCCCGCUCCGACGAGACCGUCUUUUCGUCGUCAUAUGAAAAUUAUAUCCACUAAAGAUGUAAAAUUAGAACUUGAUCAAAUAGAAAUGCAGCAGCAAGGACUUGAAAAACAAGGAGUUCGUUUAGAGAAGAUUAUUAGAGACAAAUGCGAAUCUAGUACUUACAAUAAAGAUUCAAGUUUAAGUAUGGAUGUUGAAGAACUUAUUCUAGAACUUUUUACAUUGGUCAAUGAAAAAAACGAAUUAUUCAGAAGACAAGCUGAAUUAAUAUUACUCAGAAGACAACAGCGCCUCGAAGAAGAGCAAACUGAUAUAGAAUAUCAAGUAAGACAUUUUUUAAGCUUACCUGAAGCCACUAAGACAGACUUUGAUAAACAACAAGAGGAGACAUUACUCAAAAAAUUGGUAGAAAUAGUUGAAAAGCGCAAUAAAAUUGUUGAAAGUCUGGAAAUGGAUCGAAGAAGAGAAAUAGAGGAGGAUCGAAGUAUACAUCGAGAAAUGAGUUUAUAUGCUGACAGAAGUAAAUUUAGUAAAGUCAAUGAAACAGAUGAUUCACGAAGCACAUGGAAAUUGAAAAAGAAAAUUAAAAAAAAAGAUAAAAAAACAACUAAUGAAGACGCAGAUAAAGAUAUAGAUGAAAUAGAAGCCAAACUGAAACGACAAAAACAAAGAAAAUGGUUUUAACAUGAAAUUCUAUUUGUAAAAAUGCAUUAUCAUUAUCUCUAUUAUUAUUACUAUUAUAAUUAUCAUUAUUACUAUUGCUACCAUAAUAUUAUUAAAGCAGUUAGGCUAUUCUUAAGCUCGUGCUCUUUUCUUAUUUAUGAAAAAUUCCAUGACAGUUAAAACUUUUCAUGUUAACUCAAAGAAAUAAAGUUAAUUUUUGUAUAACA